GCUCGGGCCCGGGGCGUGCGAGGCGGCCGAGGCAGCCCAGGGCCUCGCGGGCGCCAUGACGGAGGAGUCCGAGGAGACGGUCCUGUACAUCGAGCACCGCUAUGUCUGCUCCGAGUGCAACCAGCUCUACGGGUCCCUGGAGGAGGUGCUGCUGCACCAGAACUCCCAUGUGCCUCAGCAGCACUUUGAGCUGGUGGGCGUGGCUGAGCCCACGGUGGCCGUGGCCACUGAGGCUGCUUCCGGCACGGGCCUCUAUCAGACCCUGGUGCAGGAGAGCCAGUACCAGUGCCUGGAGUGCGGGCAGUUGCUGCUGUCCCCCGGGCAGCUGCUGGAGCACCAGGAGCUGCACUUGAAGAUGAUGGCGCCUCAGGAGGCAGGACCGGCGGAGCCACCCCCCAAGGCCCCUGCCUUGAGCUCCAGUGCUAUCCACUACGAGUGCGUGGAGUGCAAGGCCCUCUUCGCUAGCCAGGAGCUCUGGCUGAGCCACCGACAGACACACCUGCGGGCCACACCCACCAAAGCACCUGCUCCUGUGGUCCUAGGCUCCCCGGUGGUCUUGAGCCCUCCAGCCGGCCAGGCCCGCGUGGCCGUGGAGCACUCAUACCGGAAGGCAGAGGAGGGUGGGGAAGGGGCAGCUGUCCCGGCUACAGCUGCCUCCGUAGCCACCACUGCCCCUGCCACCGAGGUGGUGACUGAGGUGGAGCUGCUGCUUUAUAAGUGUUCUGAGUGCUCCCAGCUCUUCCAGCUGCCGGCUGACUUCCUGGAGCACCAGGCCACCCACUUCCCUGCUCCUGUGCCCGAGGCCGAGGAGCCCGCCCCAAAGCAGGAACCUCUGACCCCUACACCUGCCGAGGGACCUGUGACUCAGCCUGACCCGCCACCAGCCUCGGACCACAGCUAUGAGCUGCGCAACGGCGAAGCCGUUGCCACUGCUGCUGCGGGGCGUGAUCGCCGGGGCCGCCGGGCGCGUCGGGACCACAGCGGCGAGCCGGCUGGGCCAGCCAGCCCUGAGCUCUUGUGCUCGGCCUGCGACCAGCUCUUCCUGUCCCCCCACCAGCUGCAGCAGCACCUGCGCAGUCAUCGCGAGGGUGUCUUCAAGUGCCCCCUGUGCAGCCGCGUCUUCCCCAGCCCUUCCAGCCUGGAUCAGCACCUCGGGGACCACAGCAGUGAGUCACACUUUCUUUGUGUAGACUGUGGCCUGGCCUUUGGCACAGAGGCCCUCCUCCUGGCCCACCGGAGGGCCCACACCCCAAAUCCUUUGCAUUCGUGUCCAUGUGGGAAAACCUUUGUCAACCUCACCAAGUUCUUGUAUCACCGGCGUACCCACGGGGCUGGGGGCGUCCCCCUGCCCACAACGCCUGUGCCCCCAGAGGAGCCCGUCAUCAGCUUGCCUGAGCCAGCCCCAGCUGAGACUGGAGAACCAGAGGCUCUGGAGUCCCCCGCAGCUGAGGAUGGCUCCACUGAGCCCACGACCCCUGGCUCCUACUGCUGCCUCCUGUGUAACCGGGAGUUUGGCAAGGCCCUGCAGCUGACCCGCCACCAGCGCUUUGUGCACCGGCUGGAGCGACGCCACAAGUGCAGCAUCUGUGGCAAGAUGUUCAAAAAGAAGUCGCACGUGCGCAACCACCUGCGCACACACACAGGGGAACGGCCCUUCCCUUGCCCAGACUGCUCCAAACCCUUCAACUCGCCUGCCAACCUGGCCCGCCACCGGCUCACACACACCGGGGAGCGGCCCUAUCGGUGUGGGGAUUGUGGCAAGGCAUUCACACAGAGCUCCACGCUGAGGCAGCAUCGCCUGGUGCACUCUCAGCACUUCCCCUACCGCUGUCAGGAAUGUGGGGUGCGCUUUCACCGGCCCUACCGCUUGCUUAUGCACCGCUACCACCACACGGGUGAAUAUCCCUAUAAAUGCCGCGAGUGCCCCCGCUCCUUCCUGCUGCGCAGGCUGCUGGAGGUGCACCAGCUCGUGGCCCAUGCAGGGCGCCAGCCCCACCGCUGCCCAUCCUGCGGGGCCGCCUUCCCUUCCUCGCUGCGCCUCCGUGAGCACCGCUGUGCUGCCGCCGCCGCCCAAGCCCCCCAGCGCUUCGAGUGUGGCACCUGCGGCAAGAAAGUGGGCUCAGCUGCUCGGCUGCAAGCACACGAAGCUGCCCAUGCAGCUGCCGGCCCAGGGGAGGUGCUGGCCAAGGAGCCUCCGACCCCUCGGGCCCCACGGGCUGCCCGUACCCCAGUGGUAGCCUCCCCAGCAGCCCUGGUGGGUGCUGCCCCCACAGCCCCUCCCGCCCCCGCCCGUCGCCGGGGCCUGGAGUGCAGCGAGUGCAAGAAGCUGUUCAGCACGGAGACUUCGCUACAAGUGCACCGGCGCAUCCACACGGGCGAGCGGCCGUACCCGUGUCCAGACUGUGGCAAGGCCUUCCGCCAGAGCACCCACCUGAAGGACCACCGGCGCCUGCACACGGGCGAGCGGCCCUUUGCCUGCGAAGUGUGUGGCAAGGCCUUUGCCAUCUCCAUGCGCCUGGCAGAGCAUCGCCGCAUCCACACGGGGGAACGGCCCUACUCUUGCCCUGACUGUGGCAAGAGCUACCGCUCCUUCUCCAACCUCUGGAAACACCGCAAGACCCACCAGCAGCAGCACCAGGCGGCCGUGCGGCAGCAGCUGGCUGAGGCGGAAGCCGCUGUGGGUCUUGCUGUGAUGGAGACUGCCGUCGAGGCGCUGCCCCUGGUGGAGGCCAUAGAGAUCUACCCGCUGGCUGAGGCCGAGGGUGUCCAGAUCAGCGGCUGACUGCACGAGCUGCCCCUUGAGCACCGCCAGGCUAUGUGGGUGCAGGCCCUCCGGUACCCUUCCCCUCCAUGCAAACCUUGCCCUCGCCCUGCCCCACUGCCACGUAUGUCUGUAACUGAAUUCAUUAUUCUGAGGGGGGUGCCCUAGGGUCCUCUGUUAAGGUGCCUCCCCACUGACCUGUUAGCACUGGUGACUUCAGACUGAAAUUGUCUAAUAAUUAAAGACUGAGGUGGAUGUGGA